UGUAGUUCAGGAUCUCAUCAGCUCAAUUUCCGGGUUAAAAAAAAAACAUUGUGCAUGAAGUCUAAUCAUCUGCUUGCUAAUUCAUCUUGGACGAACUUCUCGGCCAAUUUAACCUGGUAAAAAUGUCCCGGGGCUCCAGCGCAGGCUUUGACCGACACAUCACCAUCUUCUCUCCUGAAGGAAGGCUCUACCAAGUCGAAUAUGCUUUCAAGGCCAUAAACCAAGGCGGACUCACAUCAGUAGCAGUCAGGGGGAAGGACUGUGCAAUUGUUGUAACACAGAAAAAAGUACCGGACAAGCUUCUGGAUGCCGGCACAGUGACCCACCUUUUCAGAAUAACAGAUCAUAUUGGAUGCGUAAUGUCUGGGAUGACAGCUGACAGCAGGUCCCAAGUCCAGCGAGCUCGCUACGAGGCAGCCAACUGGCAGUACAAGUACGGUUAUGAGAUUCCGGUGGACAUGCUGUGUAAGAGACUCGCUGACAUCUCGCAAGUCUACACGCAGAACGCUGAGAUGCGACCACUGGGCUGCUGUAUGAUCAUGAUCGGCAUAGACGAGGAGCACGGCGCCCAGGUAUACAAAUGCGACCCAGCGGGCUACUACUGCGGCUUCAAGGCCACCGCUGCUGGAGUGAAGCAGACAGAAGCCACUAGCUUCCUGGAGAAGAAAGUGAAAAAGAAACUGGACUGGACCUUUGCACAAACUAUCGAGACGGCAAUCUCUUGUCUGUCAACCGUCCUCUCCAUUGACUUCAAGCCCUCUGAGCUGGAGGUCGGCGUUGUCACAAUGCAGGACCCCAAGUUCAGGAUUCUGACAGAGACGGAACUGGAUGUCCAUCUGGUAGCCCUGGCAGAGCGGGACUGAGCGAGCAGAGAGACGCGCGUCACCUGUUGGAAUAGCUUAGAGCAUGAUGGGAUAUGCAGUUCCCAGAUGGAGGCUGGUGUUAUCUUUGUUUGCUGUACAUUUACCCCCCACUGUUUCAUUCAACAAUAAAAAAAGUUUUUCGAGUAAAAUAA